AUGGACUCAGAUACGUUCUCCUCACCGCCACCGGUGCCCUUUCGAGCACCGUCGAGGGCGACGUCUCAUCAUCGAAGGAAUUCGUCACUUGGCGCGAUACCCUCAUCGGCUUUUGAACCAUAUUCUCCCGUUGUUGAUGAUCACGACCUAGGUUCCGACAAUGCAGAGGAAGAGCCCUUUUCUACAUUUGACCCGCGCCGUUUUACACCAACCCUUCACGCAAACCUAGUUUCCGAGAUCCUGUCACUGAGGCGGGAACUUGAGAGCAAAAACAAGGAAAUAGGCAAAUUGGAGACGAGCCUUGACGAGUCACAAAAUGAGUAUGAGUUACUGAAUGAAAACAUGACCAAGGUCACCAAAGAAAAUCGCUCCCUGAAAAAACAGAUGAGCCUGCUCGAAGGAGGUACUCUGUCAGCAAUUACCGAUAUAGCCAAGGAGCGAGACGAGGCCGUGGAAAAUAUCACGGACGUCCGCAAACGCUUGGAACAAGCUCAGAAGAAACUAAAGUCCAAAGAGGAUGAAGUGGAUAGAUCUCAAUCGCUCUGGGAACGAGAUAGGGAAAAUUGGGACACCGAGAGGAGAAAUUGGGAACGAAAAGUGCACGUUGUGGAGAAUAGGCUUAAGACCAUAUUACACGAAGUCGCAGCGGCACAGGCUGCAGGCAAUCUUCAGAAAAUACAUGACGCCGACGAGGACGCCGCGAAGGAUAACAGUACGACUUUGGAUAGCGCCAGCGUCCGAUCCAGCAGUGCCUUUGACCGACGCCGAACGAGUGCAAGUAGCGCUAGCACAUAUGACGGAGAGCCCUUGAAUAGUGGUCGAUUCUCCUCGAUGAGUUUUGCCAACGCAAAUGGUGUAAAGGGAGAUGGAUUCAACCUGGCGGACGAACUGGCGUUUGACGAGGACGAGGAAGAUUAUAUGGAUCUCGUAGACGAGAUACCGGAGAUGCGGCCUCUUUCUGUGGCUUCACAAUCGUCUUUGAAUACAGCUCUCAAAGCACGGAAGAUACUAGGCUUAUCUAUGGAUGGAAAUGUGGCUGUUGGCGCAAGGGACAUCAAUUUAGACGAGUCUGCGCCUACAGCCAAUGUUACAGAAGUCAAACGACAACCGGAAUAUCGCGAUGUUGGCAUCCAGUUUACACCGCCCCCAUCCCCUCUGCUACCUGCAAGUGACGUUGAAGCUGUCAAAGAGCCAGAACUUGAGCCUGAAAUUGCCUCGACUAUGGUCCCCGAAAUGAAAGAUACUGCGGUCGAACCGAUUGCUGUAGAAAUGUCUUCCACGUCGUGCCAGACCGACAGUGUUGUGAUUUCCAUCGCAGCUACUGAGCCCGUUACCGUUGACACACAAGCUCCUACAGAACCUGCAGUACCCCUCAAAUUACCAACUGUCUCUAUUUCCACGCAGACUGAUGCGAUAUCUGAAGUCGACAAAUCGACUCAAAGUCUUCCGGAAGAAGUCCAGCCAACAACUCUAAACAGUCCAACCGUGCCAACGAUUGCUAUUAUCCCCCCAGGAUCGGAGCCAGCAACACCACGCACCAGCCUUGUCUUGCCUCCGCAUACGAAGAGCAUAGCAACUCAGACAGAAUAUGAGCAGUCAUACGACAUGCGAUCCGUUGGUAUGCAAACGGAAGCAAUUCAAGUCGAUCAGCGCCCAGUCAAGCUCCCCGCUAGCCUCCUCCCGUCAGCAAUCUUAGACAAGGAAGAUAAGGUCGAUGCAGAACUGAUUUCAAUGCCAUUCAUGUCGCCUCCUCCACGCUCUCCCCAUAGGCCUCUGAACAGAACGUUCGACUCGAAAGAAAAGGACAAGAAAGCAAAACCCCAGCCAGAUCUUGUUCAAGCUUAUCCUGGAAACAAUGACAAUGGUCCCUUGGCAGAAGACGAUAAGUCUGAUAUCCGCAGACCGCUUCGAUCAAGCAGCCUGUUUGCUGGAUUUGACACGAAUGAUGAUGAAUUGCCAGAAAUGUUACCCGAACUUCCCGAUGUCUUUAGCGACGACGAGAUAUUCAAUCGUCCCAUGGCUUCCUAUACUUUGCGGUCUGGUCGACUAGUUAAUCGGUCGGGCUUGAGCAAUGAUACCCUACGCGAAGAGGAUGAAUUCGAUAUUGAUUUGCCUUCAACUGCGCAAGGUGGAGACAAUGCUGGACGGAAAACUCUUCAGUCGAAGGGCUCAGCUGGGUCAAAACAGCCUGACAUACGUCGAUCGACAUUGAUUACCAACGGCGCUGCUGCACACCAGAGAAACCGUCCCCGUAGUCCAAGCGACCCUAGCAUUGACAGUGCAUCUACUGGUGCAGCUCGUCCUCCAUUCCCCGUUCCAGUACGACUUAGCUCAAGGAAUGUGCCAACCACGAACAGUGACAGUCAAAGUCCCACGCCUUACAGUGAUGGAAAUAGUUCGACCAGACGACGAUCGCGACGUAUCACCAGACAACCUACACUGCGCAAAGUCAGAUCGGCAACCGCCAUGCAGAAGGACCAACAAGAGCGAGCUGGCAGUCGAUCGCCUCCUCCAAUGUCUGCCUCUGGCAUGUCUGGAAUGUCCAAUUCAUCUUAUGCUCCGGAUAGUCCCCAACUGCCGCCACUUCCACCUAUACCUACAGAUGAAGCUGUCAUCUAUCGCCCAAAGAGAGCUGCGCGUAGGAUUCCGUCUAGCCGUCCAGGCUCGAUUCGGUCCCAGGCUCAGUCGUACAGCAUAGAAGAACCUGUUUCUGAGCAUCAGUCAACGAAUGUCGUUGACGCCAUUGCGCAGACUAUGGUUGGCGAGUGGAUGUUCAAGUACGUUCGUCGACGGAAAUCAUUCGGCAUGUCUGAUCAUAAAGACACGAUCGAUCCUGGAAAGAGUACCGAAGAGGUUUCUGCAAGCAUUACAAGCACUGGAGUAAGACACAAGCGAUGGGUAUGGCUGGCUCCUUACGAGCGCGCUGUUAUGUGGAGUAGUAAGCAGCCGACCAGCGGACCUGCACUCCUGGGUAAAAAUGGUCGAAAACUUAUUAUUCAAUCCGUGCUUGAUGUCAAAGAUGACACACCUUUGCCGAAAGGGUCAAAUGUUACGGCUCCAUUCAACCGAUCAAUCCUUAUUCUUACACCUCAGCGUGCUCUGAAGUUUACGGCAUUGUCCAUCGAGCGUCAUUAUGUAUGGUUGACAGCACUUUCGUUCUUAAGUCACACUUCCAUCGGCAUGGGUGAACUGCCUGCAAUUCCGCCACCAAUUCCACAGGAAGAUACUCGACCACCAACAGCCAGUCUACGUCGAAACCCUAUUCGAGAUUCGAUCAGGGUUGCCAAAGGCAAACCUCGACCGCAGCCAAGCAAACGAUCCUUUACCGACAAUUCAACACUUAACCCUGAAUAUUCUAGCACCGGCUUUGACCUCGAACCGAUCAUGGAUGCAGCAGAUCCGCCCACUAUUCCUAGAUACGCAGGUCAUACGCGGAAACGUAGCAACACAGCGCCCAAGGCUCAAGCUCCACUGGCAGCAGCAUUCCGCAGCUUCUCCAGCCAUGCGACUUUACCCUCCAACUACAGCGCCAUUACAGCAGCUUCCUCUGAUAUCUACGCCACAUCAUCUAUGGGUAUCGCUCCGGGUUUGAUGAGCGGAAGAAGCAGCGUCAGUCGUCGUACAUCCGAAGCAAGUGGACCAUCCAGCAUUGGGAACGGAAGCUUCUUUGAUCCAAUGGGCACAGUGCGCAUGGAAGCGUUCAUCGAUCGCGUCGAACAUCCUCGAUCCCGUACCACAAAUCUCGCGAACCACAGCCAACGCAAUCGAGCACCUCGCAAAGUUGACAACGUUCAGUGGACUGCCAGAAAUAGCUUUGACCUGGCGAGGUCCGAGGAUGGAAGUGAACUCCACUAUCGGAAUGACGAACUGUUUCGUGGGUUUUGA